AUGGGAAUCCAGGAUCAGUACUAUUUCCAGCAGGACAACGAUCCAAAACAUACUGCGAGGAGUACAAAGGAGUGGUUAAUAUUUAAUGUUCCAAGACAGCUCCACACUCCUCCUCAGUCACCAGAUAUAAAUAUCAUUGAAAAUUUAUGGCACACCCUUGACCAAAAUAAACCAAUAACACAGCACACAUUAGUAGGGUAUGAUAAUCCACAUAGCUGGUGGUGGAGCUUGCUAGGAUUUCAUAAAGUUUUUAAGAAAAUUCCCUGGCCUGAAGAGGAUUUGGCAAAAGCAGCUGUUUUCCUGUUACCUUGGCAAAUCACCUUAAGUCCGAAUGGAAAAAGAGUUGCAGUUCUUCAAGAUACUGUUCUUGAAAUUAGAGCAUCCCGAGAUGAAUACACAACUAUAAUAGGCCGAGCAACAAGUAUAGCUCCUGAAAGUAUCACCAAGAAAUUGAUAACUGGUCUUGAAUUUAUUAAGUCAAGAGAUAAAAAAGGUGAAUGGGAACUACUCAUUAUAUAUGCAAAUGGAUCUCUUGAUUGCUAUAUCAUUGCCUCAUUGGAUAAAAGCAUUUUCAGUCAUCAUUCUAUAUUGCUAGAAAGUGGUAUUUCAAGUAGUGCUUUCAGCCAAGAACAUGGAAUUUUGUUUUUGUCCACUAAACCUUUGAAUGUCCUUUCUUUUGAGGAUUGUAUAAACAAACUUGCCCUUUCUCCAAGAAAUGAAUAUCUUGCCACUCUCCAUACAAAUGGAACAGUUAGAAUCUGGCUAUCACCUAUUUUAAGACAGCAGGUUGAAGUCGUCAGAUUGGUGACAUCUGACAAUGAUCCUGGCAGCCAGCCGGUGGAGCACGGUGGUGGGGAGGUGCAGAAAUUGAUUGUAGGUUGGAAAAAUGGUACUAUAUCUAUUCAUGAUGUAAAUUCUUCUGUUGUAUUGACUUAUUUUGGACAUGAAAUUCUAAAUGGAUUACCAAGAUUAACUUCAGCACCAUCUUUACAUGGCUUCCUUGUUUUGGAAUGCGAGGCCGUUCAAUCUGAGAGGCCAUCAGUUUCUCCAGAUAUGAGUUCUGAUGAUGAAAAAUCGAUUUUUGAUACAGCCCUCGAGUUGGUAAAAUCUACAAUGUAUCUUCUAACAGAUCUGGAAAAAUAUGAGCCAAAGAUGAAAUCAAUUAAAAUUAUUCAACGGGUAUUCCGCCUCUUAGGUGUCAAAAUGACUACUCCUGAAGAGGUUUUUGAAAGAUUUUUGCAAAGCAAUGACUUUGAUAGAGCAUAUGAAAUUUGUGAUGAAUAUGGUUUGGAUGUAAUGAAAGUUUAUCAAAGGCAGUGGAGAACUAAUGAAAUUAGUGAAAAGACAAUCCAGGAAUAUCUUGUAAGAUAA